AAGUUCGUGAACAACACAUACUCGGGACCUGGACAAAGAAGAACUCUGCGUCCUUCAGAGCUGCCCAAAAUGGAGAAAGCUCUUCAUCGUUGGUUUAUCAAAAUGCGGAAUAAAAACUGGCCAGUAAGUGCCUUAAUGUUGAAAGAAAAGGCCAAAGUACUGCUUGCACAAGUAAAUGAAAAUGAAUCUAACUUCAACGCUAGUGAUGGAUGGCUUCAAGGAUUUAAAAAAAGGUACGGUAUUCGACUGCUGCAAAUAUCAGGCGAAAAACUAUCUUCACUACCUCAGUUCGUGGAUCCAUAUAAGGAAAAACUUAAGGCUAAAAUGGCCGAACUGGAGCUGUGUAACGACCAGUUAUAUAAUGCUGAUGAGUCAGGCUUAUUCUGGAAACUUCUGCCAGAAAAAACGUACGUGUCCAGCAUGGAAAAGAGAGCCUCAGGCGUUAAGUCGGAAAAGCAGCGAAUCACGUUUUUAUGUUGCUCAAACGCCACUGGAUCUCAUAAACUGAAACUUUUGGUAAUUGGAAAGGCAAAGAAUUCACGCUGCUUUAAAAACUUUCAAUGCCCCACAGACUAUAAUAGCUCCAAAUCCGCCUGGAUGACGUCGGCUGUUUUCAAGGAAUGGUUUCAUGAGUCCUUCGUUCCACAGGUAACGUCAUUUUUAAAGGAGAAAGGUUUGCCAAUUAAAGUUCUACUCCUAAUCGACAACGCUCCUUCUCACCCAAAUGAAGCUCAGCUGACAACGGAGGAUGGACAAAUUUUGGCAAUGUUUAUGCCACCAAACGUUACUCCCCUCAUCCAACCAAUGGAUCAAAAUGCCAUAAAGAUCACAAAGUUGCAUUACAGAAACAGCCUUUUAGCCUCAAUAGCAGCUACAAACUCCAAUUUACUCGAUUCGAUGAAAAAAAUGACUUUACGAAGAGCUAUAAAUCUUUUGGAUGCCGCUUGGAGUCGUGUCAGCGAAGUAACAUUAGCUAAUUGCUGGAAAUAUAUUUUAAAUUUUACCGCAGGUGAUGACGAUCCCGAAGAUAGUGUUCCGCUCGCAGUUUUAAACGAAAAAUGGGGAGCUGGACUUCGCGCCUUGAUGAGCAAUACCGCCGAUCUCCUUAACAGUUUGAAUGCUGAGGCUGAAUUAACGCUACCAGGCGUUCAUGAAUGGAACGAAGUUAUUGAAGAUGAUAAUGCAAAUGACGAGCAUGAAGAAGAAGACGAUUCCGAUGAAGGCAGCGUAUCGGAGGUAGAGGAGAAAAUUAAGCGGACUGAAGCAGUUGAAAUUUUCAACAAGGCGAUAAGGUGGGCUGGUCAUGAAGACGUCGAUCCAAAUGAUAUAAAUGUACUAAGACGUCUAAGAGAGAAAGCUGUGCUCCAACUUUUAGAAACACAGAAGAUACAGAAAAAGUUAACUGAUUUUUUCAAAUAAAACCUAGAUUUU